AUAUUCAUCUAUAUCAUGGAGGACCAGAUCAACAUUACGUACAUAACUCUGUCUGGGUAUGUAGAUCUGAACAAGUACAGGUAUUUACUUCUCAUUGUACUCACUGUGUACAUCUUAACAAUCUGCAGCAACGCCACCAUUUUGUAUCUCAUCUGGGUUCACAAAAACCUCCAUGAGCCGAUGUACGUCUUCAUCGCAGCUUUGCUGCUUAACGGUCUUCUUUACAGCACCAACAUUUACCCAAAGCUUUUGGUCGACUUUUUAUCAGAAAAACCGAACAUAUCGUAUUCGGCUUGUCUUUUUCAGUUUUUCAUGUUUUACUCUUUCGGCGGCUCAGAGUUCCUCCUGCUAGCAGCCAUGGCCUUCGACAGAUACGUGGCGAUAUGUAAACCUCUGAGAUACAGAUGUAUAAUGAAGAGAAGCACUGUCAGUGCGUUCCUGAUCACAGCUUGGUUCGUGGCUGUUUUUUAUCCCAUAGUGCUGGCAAUGCUGAGUUAUCAAGCUAAAUUAUGCACAUUUAACUUGGCAGGGAUAUUUUGCAACAACUCUAUUUAUGCCCUCCAGUGUGUGAGAUCAGCAGCCCUCACUGUGUUUGGGAUUGUUGCUUUUUCAAACGUCGUAGUGCUUCCUAUGCUCUUCACGACCUUCACGUACGCAAACAUAUUUAGAAUAUCUCAGCGCAGCUCUAAGCAAUCCAGGAAAACAACAGUGGAGACCUGCGUGCCUCACCUGCUGGUUCUGACCAGCUACUUCUGCCUGAUGACCUACGAUGUGGUUAUAGCCCGAGUGCAGUCCGAUUUCCCGCAAAUUGCCCGAUUCAUAAUGACGAUGCAGAUAUCUCUGUAUCACCCUUUGUUUAACCCGUUCAUAUACGGUUUCAAGAUGAGAGAAAUUAACAGACAUCUGAAGAAGCUCUUCUUCAUCGUCGCCAAAAAAACAAGCCCACGGUGA